GAUAACAGAGUAAGCGAUUGUUAGGCUGUGUAGUCGAUUCAGCAACUUUGGAUAGAGGGAUCAACAUCCACUGUACAAUUGACAGAAGGUAGACAUGUCACUGAGGCGUGCAUUACAUUUCGUCUUUAAAGUAGGCGAUAGAGGUAAAACCGCUACCUUCUAUCGUGAUGUUCUUGGUAUGAAGAUCUUGCGGCAUGAAGAAUUUGAGGAAGGCUGCAAAGCAACCUGUAAUGGACCAUAUGAUGGAAAAUGGAGUAAAACAAUGGUGGGCUUUGGGCCAGAGGAUGGCCACUUUGUGGCAGAGUUGACAUACAAUUAUGGAGUUGGAGAAUACCGGCUUGGCAAUGACUUUCUGGGUAUUACCCUUCAGUCCAGCAAAGCUGUGAGUAAUGCCAAAAGGCUAGGAUGGCCUCUAAAGGAGGUUGGAGAGGCUCUCUACCUGGCUGAGGCACCGGGUGGAUAUCACUUUUACUUACUGGAUAAGGAACAACCUCAAAGUGAUCCAGUUCAGAAAGUGACCUUAGCUGUGUCAGACCUGCAGCGCUCAGUACAUUACUGGUCCUCUCUCCUGGGCAUGAGUGUGAUGGAGAAGGAUGAGACCAAGAAAACUGUGUUAAUGGGUUUCGGAGAGAGCCAGUGUAAGUUGGAGCUGCGUGACAUUGGCGUAGCAGUCGACCAUGCUACCGCUUUUGGUAGAGUAGCAUUCGCAUGCCCACGUGAACAGUUGCCUGAUAUUGAAGCUGUUAUGAAGAAAGAGAACCAGAAAAUUCCCACUCCCCUGGUUAGCCUGGACACGCCAGGAAAGGCAACCGUGGAAGUUGUGAUUUUGGCCGAUCCAGAUGGCCAUGAGAUCUGUUUUGUUGGUGAUGAGGCUUUUAGGCAGCUCUCCAUGAUGGAUCCUAAUGGAAAUGAUUUGUUAGAUAAGGCUAUGGCUGAUGACAAGAGUGAUGAAUGGUUUGCAAAGCACAAAAAACAGAAGGCCGCUGCCUAAGGUGUCUCUGGAUAUGUUAAUUUCCUUAUUUCAACAAUAAUAAAGAAAUGUGCAAAUAGGCAUUUACAAUGGCUGUACUUUGAUUCUACCCAGAAAAAAAAUCCCAGUUUGUUUAUUGCUGAAAUGCUUUCUCUUCUGUAGGCCUACUAAUGGAAAUUGUCUGGCUCAUAAUAUAUUUUAAUCUCUCUGCCUACCUCACAGUGAUUUACAUGGACCACCUCCUCUAUUUUCCUAAAUAAAAUCAACAUAUUAUUUGGAAA